AUGGCGACGGAAACACAGCAGCACGACGACAGAAGGAUGGAUGACUUGACCGAACGAUGGGGAGAUAUGGUGUUGGAGGAUGAAGAAGGUGACGUGGAGGCCGACGUACCGGAGCAUGUUCCGACCAGGAUGGAGACGCCUAUGUACUGUGUUGUUGGGCGUUUCUUGACGCAGAAGCUAAUCAAGGUGGAAUAUAUGCGUCAGGUAAUGGCUUCUGCAUGGAAGCCUGUAUUCGGGAUGCGUGUGACGGAGUUGCAUAAUAGAUUGUUUCUUUUUGCUUUCUAUCAUGAAACGGAUAUGGUGCAGGUGUUGGAGAAGGGUCCGUGGUCCUUUGAGAACCAUACACUGGUAUGUAGGCGAGUAUGUGAUGGAUUCCUUCCGAGGGAGGUCAAACUUGAUACUGUUGAUAUGUGGAUACAAGUCUAUGACCUACCUAUGGGUUAUACUUCUAAUGCGGUUCUUGAGCAGGUUGGGAAUUUUGUAGGGUCGUUUAUCCGGUGUGAUGAUCGACGGGUGGGUGGCCCAUGGAAGACGUUCUACAGAGUGCGUGUUUCGGUACCAGUGGACAAACCGUUAAAACGCCGAAUGAAACUGUUACGCCGGGACAAGUCCUGGGGUUGGGUGAAUCUGAAGUACGAACGGUUACAUAACUUCUGUUUUUGUUGUGGUUUGCUAGGACAUCUUGACAGCUUCUGUGCAAAGGCACGGGUUUCCAAUAUCAAACCGGAGUUUUACCCAUACGGGGCAUAG